AUAAGUCUCAAUUCUCAACUGAGAAGAGGAGGAGAGAGAUAGGUAAAGAGCUAGGCAUAAGAGCUACAAGGAGGGGUAUCUAGGUAUCUCAUAACUCAAACUUGAGAGAGCAAAGAUGGUGAGAGCUCCAUGUUGUGAGAAGAUGGGUUUAAAGAAGGGGCCAUGGACUCCAGAAGAAGACCAGAUUUUGAUCUCUUACAUUCUGAAAUACGGACAUGGAAACUGGAGAGCACUUCCUAAACUAGCUGGGCUAUUAAGAUGUGGGAAGAGUUGCAGACUCCGGUGGACAAAUUACUUGAGACCAGACAUUAAAAGAGGAAACUUCACCAAAGAAGAAGAGGACACCAUCAUUAACUUACAUGAAAUGCUUGGCAAUAGAUGGUCAGCAAUUGCAGCAAGAUUACCUGGAAGAACAGAUAAUGAAAUAAAGAAUGUAUGGCACACCUAUCUCAAGAAGAGGCUCAAACAAAACCAGCCCACCCCGGACACCAAAACCCAGCUUUCUUCUCAAACAUCCAAAUGUGAUGAUGAACCCAUGAGCAACCCAACCAGCAAUGUGAUGAGAAUUGAGAAUCAAGGCCAUGCCCCAGUAGUACUGUCCCCACAACAAUCUUCCAGUGACUUCACAGACUCCUCUGCAGUGACAAGUGAGAAUCUUAACAUGGAUUCCUCUGCAACUUUCCCUGUAAUUGAUGAGAGCUUAUGGUCUGAUAUCGAUAUAUUAUCAUCGGCUGAAACUUCCGGUAUGCCGGAGAAUAAUCUGGCAAUGGCGGUGGACCAAGAACUUCAGUUUCUGUUCUCUCCGGACCCUGCUACAUUGGAAUCUGUUUGUGGUUUUGGAUUGAAUACCAACGAAGAAAUGGAUUUUUGGUAUGAUCUCUUCAUGAAGGCAGGGGAAUCAGAGUUCUGAAAGUUUGAUUUUUUAUUUUGAAAUGAGAGAGUCCAAUUCAGCUAACUCUAGGAAUCUGGGUUUUGACCGUUGGCAACUUGGGAAGAGAGGACAAGGAUGUCGAUUUGAAUCAUGACUUCAACCAAACUUAGAUAGUGGCAUAUUCAAGUAUUACAAAUACCCGUGUAUUACUAACAUUUCAAGGAGUUUCUUUCUUACUACUACCUAAUAUUAUCAAUGCAACGGUCAAUAAUUUUCUUUAACGGCUAGUUUUUAAUGAUGAGUUCUAUUUUUUUUU